AUGGUCUACAUUCGCCAACAUCAACUGCCCAAACUCCGGGAAUACCGGUAUUCUGGGGUCGACCAUUCGCUUAUAAGCCGUUAUGUCCUCAAGCCGUUUUAUAAUAAAUGUGUGAUCAACUGUUUUCCCAUGGGUAUGGCGCCUAAUGCCAUUACCCUGACGGGAUUCUUAUUCGUGGUAUUUAAUCUCGUCACCAUGCUAUGGUAUAAUCCAACGCUAGACCGUGAUUGCCCGCCAUGGGUUUAUGCCAGCUGCGCUCUGGGGCUUUUCCUAUACCAAACUUUUGAUGCCGUAGAUGGCAUGCAAGCCCGGAGAACAAGACAAAGUGGUCCUUUGGGUGAAUUGUUCGAUCACAGUGUCGAUGCAUGCAACACUGCCUUGGGUGUUUUGAUUUUUUGCGGUACGAUGAACUUUGGCCAGUCAUGGGCAACUAUAUUGACACUUUUUGGAUCGACCAUGACUUUCUACGUUCAAACUUGGGACGAGUACUACACCCAGGUUCUGACUCUGGGUAUUAUCUCAGGUCCCGUUGAGGGCGUUCUCACCCUCUGCGUUGUCUUUGGAUUUACGGCCUAUGUGGGUGGUGGCAGUUUCUGGCACCGGGCCAUGUUCGAGACAAUUGGCGUUCCCAGGCUGGAAUCCGUCCCAAAGGAAUUGUACGAGAUGCGCUUUACGGACUGGUAUUUGGUGUACGGUGGAAUCCUGCUCUUCUUUGCCACCGGCUCAAGUAUCCUACACGUCAUCCAAGUUCAAAAGGAACGUGGCCAGGAUCCCAUCAAGCCACUUUACGGCCUUCUUCCUCUUGUUGCUGUGUGGACACUUGUUCCAGCUUACCUUCACUUGCAGCCGACAAUUUUGGAGAACCAUAUUGUUCCGUUCGUGCUUUAUGUAGGCUUGAUCAACGCCUACGCUGUGGGGAGAAUGAUUGUCGCUCACUUGAUCAAGGGCGAAUUCCCUUACAUCAACAUUCUUCUGGGGCCUCUUGCUUUCGGCGUGUUUGACAGUGCUGGUCCCCUCCUUGGUCUCUGGCCGAGUCUCAUCGGAAACGGGGCGUGCCAGGUUGGAUUCGUGUUUGUCUGCUUGGGUCUGGCGAUUGGUGUCUAUGGAAGUUUCGUGUAUGAUGUGAUCACCACGAUCUGUGACUACAUCGACAUUUGGUGCUUAACCAUCAAGCACCCGCACGUCGAAGAGAAACCAAAGAUCAGCGGACAGGCUGAUGGUGUCUCGAAGAAGACGCUUUAA